AUGAAUGUCUUGUCCAUUGUAUACAUUACUAACGCUUGUCUCGUCAGAUACGAGUCGAUCAAGACCCAAACUGUGCCUGUGGCCAAACAGAGUGGCCAGCUAGGCACUGGAUCAAACACAGUCGAGGGCGCUCCGUCUUCAACCGGCGGCGAGAAAACAGCUGAGAACAUUCGGUACGGCCAGAACAUCUCUGAGUCUGGAAUGGGAGGUAUGACCACCACUUCCACGGGCGAAGCCAAUCAAGGUGGAGGAUAUGGUGGAACGGACCGAGACCUCAAGCAGGAACAGCAGAAUAGUGCACGGACUGCGCAAGGACAUGGCCCAGGUUCUGGUGUCGGAGCAUGA